GGUGUUGUAGCGCCGGGGGUGGCGGGAAAACCGCUGUUCCCGGGAAAAAAAUUGGCGCCAAACUGGCGGGGGCACCCGCAAACAGCCCCCGCGAAGACAUGGCGGGGGUCCCCGGGAAUGUUGGGGGCUCCUCCGCAAUAUUGGGCGGGGUGAGGGCGGCGCUGUGGGCACCGCGACACGGGUGCGUGCGGGUUCCUGCGUGUGGGGGUGUCCUGCCCCGUCGCUGCCCCCCACCGCCCCAGUGCAGGACACUGGGCGCUGGCUGGCGGGGGGGGGGGGGGUGGUCCCUACCCGCCCCCGUCGGUGAGUCGGUGUCGCUAGAUGGCAGCAUGGCCACGUGGCAUGGCCUCGGUGGCACUGCCACCGCCGUCCCUGUACCCCGCGCCGCGACAGGGGCAGCCAGCCCUGGGUGUAGGGCACGGCCCCCCCUUUCCACGCCACCAUGGCCGGCCCCAGCGGGGCUGCUGGUGGUCCUGGGGGGUCUAUAGCGGGGCUGGGGGGGGCAAGGAGGGGAUCCAGCUCCCUUGUCCCUGUCCGUUCAGCAGCACAGCCACCCCGGGAUGGGUGCUCCCCCAGACUCGGGGCUGUGGGGCAGGAGGCUGCUGCGGGCACCGCCGCUUUCUGGCCGUGCGGGGUGUCCUGCGGGGACCCCCCAGCCGGCGCGGGGGGGCAGGCUCGGGGCAUCCCAAACACCUCUCCCGCGGUGUUGCCACAGGCGUCCCGGCUUCCCGUGGCACCGGGGGGCCCACUCAAGCGGGGGGGCUCAUCCAGGCCGCCUCGGGGUGCCAUUACCCUCUCUCCCGCCGCGCCCCGCGCAGGCCCUACACACAUGGCGGGGGGGCGGAACGGGCGCGGCCCGCGGUGUUUCGUCCGCCCGCGGCCGCCGUAGCGGCUCCCGGAAGUGUCUCCAUGGAGACGGGAGGAGCCCAGGCCCGGCCGGGGCAGUGAUGGAGAAAUACGAGCGGAUCCGGGUGGUGGGGAGAGGGGCCUUCGGCAUCGUGCACCUGUGCCUGCGCAAGGCCGACCAGAAGCUGGUGAUCCUGAAGCAGAUCCCGGUGGAGCAGAUGAGCAAGGAUGAGCGGCUGGCAGCACAGAACGAGUGCCAGGUCCUCAAGCUGCUCAGCCACCCCAACGUCAUCGAGUACUACGAGAACUUCCUGGAGGACAAGGCACUCAUGAUCGCCAUGGAGUAUGCCCCAGGGGGUACGCUAGCGGAGUUUAUUCAUAAGCGCUGUAACUCCUUGCUGGAUGAGGACACCAUCCUGCACUUCUUCGUGCAGAUCCUCCUGGCUCUUCACCACGUGCACACCAAGCAGAUCCUGCACCGCGACCUGAAGACUCAGAACAUCCUCUUGGACAAACAUCGCAUGAUUGUCAAGAUCGGAGACUUUGGCAUCUCCAAAAUCUUGAGCAGCAAGAGUAAAGCCUACACGGUUGUGGGAACUCCGUGCUACAUCUCCCCAGAGCUCUGUGAAGGGAAGCCUUACAACCAGAAGAGUGAUAUCUGGGCUUUGGGCUGCGUGCUGUACGAACUCGCCAGCCUCAAGAGGGCUUUCGAAGCUGCGAAUCUUCCUGCCUUAGUAUUGAAGAUCAUGAGCGGGACGUUUGCCCCAAUAUCGGAUAGAUACAGCCCUGACCUGCGCCAGCUCAUCCUCAGCAUGCUGAACCUGGAUCCUUCCAAGCGGCCCCAGCUGAAUGAGAUCAUGGCCCAGGCCAUCUGCAUUCGGCCCCUUCUGAACCUCUACACCGAUGUAGGCAGUGUCAAAAUGAGAAGGCCUGAAAAGCCCUUGGCUCCAGUGCCGACAGUGACCCAUAGCCGGACGGGGGGACGAGUGAGCAGUGCCAGGCCCAGGGGUGUUCGAGGUGGUUCAGCCAGGACAGGAAUCCCUCCUCCGCUGUCGUCCAUCUACACCUGGGGGAGCGGGAUCACCACCCCCCUGCGCCUGCCCAUGCUUAACACCGAAGUGGUGCAGGUCUCUGCUGGCAGGACGCAGAAGGCUGGGGUCACCAAAUCAGGGCGGCUCAUCAUGUGGGAGGCUCCUCCGAUGGGUGCUGCGGGAGGCCCUUCUCUCCCAGGAGCCACCGAGCAGCUCCAGCCUCAGUUUGUGUCUCGCUUUCUGGAGGGCCAGUCUGGCGUGACCAUCAAGCACGUGUCCUGCGGUGAUCUCUUCACAGCCUGCCUCACAGACAGGGGGAUAAUCAUGACUUUCGGCAGCGGCAGCAAUGGCUGUUUGGGGCACGGAAACUUCACGGACGUAAGCCAGCCCAAGAUCGUGGAGGCCCUGCUGGGCUACGAGAUGGUGCAGGUGGCCUGUGGCGCGUCUCACGUCCUGGCGGUUUCCAAUGAACGGGAAGUGUUUGCCUGGGGCAGGGGGGAUAAUGGUCGGCUUGGGCUGGGUACCCUGGAGUGCCACAACUCUCCCCAGCAGGUCACAGUCCCGCUGGAGCAUGAGGCUCAGAGGGUCAUCUGCGGCAUCGAUUCCUCCAUGGUCCUCACAGUGAAGAACCAGAUUCUUGCUUGUGGGAGCAACAGGUGUAACAAGCUGGGCCUAGAUCGGAUCAGCUCAGCAGAAGAGCCUUCCCCAGAGGACCAGGUGGAAGAAGCCACCAUGUUCACCUGUGCCCAGUCAGCCCCCUUGAACCAUGAGCCAAUUGUGUGUGCUGACAUCGGUACAGCGCACUCGGCUGCAGUCACAGCUUCUGGUCAGUGUUACACCUUUGGGAGCAACCAGCACGGGCAGCUGGGCACCAACUCCUGCCGCAACAGCCGAGUACCCCACCUGGUUGUGGGGCUCCAGGCGAUGAAGGUCACCGUGGUGGCUUGUGGGGAUGCCUUCACCGUGGCCAUCGGAGCAGACGGCGAGGUGUGCACGUGGGGGAAAGGAGCCAGGGGACGCUUGGGCAGGAAGGACGAGGAAACGGGAGCCCCAAGGCCAGUGCAGCUGGAGGAGACGCAUCCAUACCUGGUGACCUCCGUAGCCUGCUGCCACGGGAACACGCUGCUGGCAGUAAAGCCUGCCGUGGAAGAGUCGCCUGCCCAGUGAGUUUGAGUUGAGAGGGGCCGUAUCCAGCCUCGUCGUGCAGAUGUGGAAGCACCUCUGGCUGCCCGGCAUGCCUGUCCUCUCGCUGCUGCCCGCUGCGGCCUGGCUCGGACCC